AUGGGCAGAGAGCCGACCAGUGCCAGCUGUCAUACGUGUCGCCGCCGCCGGAUCAAGUGUGACCUGGAGAGGCCGAGCUGCGGACAGUGCCUCAGAUCGAGAUACGAGUGCGCCGGAUACGAAAGAGUGUUGAGGAUUCAGAGCCAUGGAAUUGGGCGUUCGAGCCUGGUCAAGAUCGGGCAAUCGAGCUCAUUUCCUUCUGAAGCGUCAGUGAAUCAUGGCGAGAAGGACGGUAGCCGUUCAGCUCGAGGCAGCGGCAGGAACUGCAGAGGGAAGCCCGACGUCAAGUCAAGGCUACCGAGUCGCACGCAAGAAACGCAGCCUCUCAUCAGCCAGCCCAGCCUCGACCCGUUUGUCGACAAUGUCACAUUCUCCUACUUCUUCGACGCCUACAGCUGGAUCAACAUGCACAGUAUUCUGUUACAGGACACGCCCAUGCGCCAGCAUCUCACCCAGCAAACAGACGAGCUUGGCUACGACAGCCUUCGGGCGCUUGCCUACGGAAUCUUUGGUCGGGAUCAUGAUGUCGCGGGAUUGCAGCAGAACGGUGCACGACUCUAUGGCAUGAAUCUCAAGAGGCUGCAGUCAAGGCUGGGAGUAGCGUCCAAGUCAGAAUUGGCCACUCUCAUCAAGCCCAUCUCCAUCAUGGGGUCGUAUGCUAUUGCCGUAGAUUCCGACCUUCGAUUCGUCCACCACCAAGGGCUGGCUCGGAUCCUGGAACACUGCGGGCCGGAAUGCUUCAACGACGCAUCAAUUCUGCCACUCUUUGAAUCCUGCAGAUUCACAAUGCUGGCCAAUGCUCUCGUGCAAAGGCGUGGCACGUUUCUCGAACAAGAACAGUGGAAGACGGUGCCCUGGUCGAAGUGUCCGGAGAACAAGUCAAACACACAGAAGCUACUCGACAUCAUCUCUUCCCUCCCGAGGCUUCUCGAGGAAACCGACCGAGUCCUCAAUGAACGUUCCCAAUGGGUCGCUGGCAAUCGCACCAUCGUUCGCGAGGAGACGCCAACCACAGUGCCCAUUCUUCAGCAGCAGCUCGAUUCUAUGAUCUUGGACUUGAUUGCCUGGCGUUAUCACUGGAUUGCGGACAACCCACAAGCACAAGACAUCCUCGACUGGGCGUUGUACAGAGUGAGCGACGAGUCCUAUCGUCCCGGCAUCAAUGACGUCCACGGUCCAGACGUGUAUGGGCUGAACGUCGGCAACAUCCCCUUGGAAACAUUGGGCACAGAGCCCGAGGCGAAUGCAAACACUUUUGCGCUGAUGCAAGAAGCCGCGCUCUACAUAACUGCCAUCAUCAGCACAGAAAGGCUGAAAAAGAACCUCGCCGGCGCCGCUCGUGCCCCAGACGCCAUUGACUUUUACAAUGCUCCAAACUUUUCCACAUGUCGAUGCUACUUUGAGAAUCCGGGACCAUCGAGAGUCUGUCAAAUAUUUCCCGAGCCCAAUGACCGCGUGAGUCAGGCGGCCUCGUGGAAUCUCAACAGCGCCAUGAUAGCUGAGGCUCCCAUCAAGUCAUCAAGCAGCGACAGCAGUGAGGCUCUCGCCAAAUUGAGCAAUCAUUCAGUUCGUUCCACAUCAUCGUCCGUUCCAGGGAUGACCCUUCUGCCAGGAGAUGGACGCUUCGCUGCUCAACUACGGAUCUUGAACUCCCUGAUCAAACAUCUGCCACAGAGCCGCCCUUAUGUUCUAAGCACCCUCGGGGCCAUGGGACUAAGCCACUGCGUCCACGACGUUAGGCCCAUGGAUGAAAACGGAAACGAGUAUAUCGCGAAAGCAAUUCGUGAGACCAUGCUGAAGUCGAGAUUCGGGGAUGCAGCCGACGUACUGCUGAAGCGGUAUCGGUGA